AAAGUAUUGAAUUGCCAGCAUUGCCCUUGUAUAAUUAUUGUCUUCCAAAACACACACUUUAAUUUGCAGUAUAAAGAUCAUCGGCAAGAACUCGAGAUGCAAGCCGGCCAGAGCUCACAGCAAUCCUCUGUUCCUCCCUCAUCGUCUCCGUUCCUCUGAUCGAUCUUGGCUGGUUUUUCUGCCGGGGAACUAGCAAAAUGGGCGACGAAGUUCAGCAACUCACCAGGGCCUUCUCAGGCCUGGGCGGGCUCGGCGUGGACGAGCCGGCGAUGGUCUCGGCGCUGGCGCGGUGGCGCAGGCAGCCGGAGAAGCGGUCGGGCUUCCGGAAGGGCUUCCCGGGCUUCUUCACGAGCCACGGCGAGAUGGACCGGUGCGAGGAGGAGUACAUGCUGCACCUGGCCGCCGAGUUCGCGCGGUUCAAGAACCUGAUGGUGCUGUGGGCGAUGCACCCGUGGGAGCGCGACGCGCGGCUGGCGCACCACGUCCUCCACCAGCACCACCCCGCCGCCAUCGUCGUGGAGGUCGCCUGCACGCGCUCCGCCGACGAGCUCCUCGGCGCGCGCCGCGCGUACCAGGCGCUCUACCACCACUCCCUCGAGGAGGACGUGGCCUACCGCGCCAGGGACAAGCCCUACUGCAACCUGCUGGUGGGGCUUGUGAGCGCGUACCGGUACGAGGGGCCCCGGGUGAACGAGGAGGUGGCGCGGGCGGAGGCCAAGGCGCUGGGCGCGGCGGUGAAGAGCGCCGGCGGGAGGCUGGCGGAGAACGACGACGUGGUCCGGAUCCUGAGCACCAGGAGCAAGCCCCACCUGGUGGAGACCUUCAGGUACUACAAGGAGAUCCACGGCAGGCGCAUCGAGGAGGAUCUCAGCCACGGCAAGGAGGAGACCCUGCUGGAGGCCGUGCUGUGCCUCGCCGCGCCGGCCAAGUACUUCAGCCAGGUGGUGGAGGUGGCGCUGAGGGACGGGGCGGACCACCACGAGAAGGAUGCCCUGACGCGGGUGGCGGUGACGCGGUCGGACCACGACAUGGACGAGAUCAGGGCGGCCUACCAGGAGCAGUUCGGGGCCAAGCUGGAGGACGCCAUCGCGGCCAAGGCGCACGGCCACUACAGGGACGCGCUGCUCUCGCUGGUGGGCGCGCACCACCAGCAGUGAAACGUGAACCAGCUAGCUGCCGCUGGUUUCUCUUCUCUUCGUCCGGUCGUCUGCCCGUGUCCGUCCGUCCGUCCGUCUUCGUGGUGCCUGUGUGUGUCGUGUAGGUGCCAACGUCGGUCUGUUUCCUAGCGAGACUGUAACAUUUUCCUGCUGAGUCUGUAGUGUGUUGCUGGUGAAGAUGCCAAAUAAGAUCUGCAUGCAAUCGUUCUCUUCAUCA